AUGUCUUGCAAUAUUGACAAUACUAUAGAUACUGAUCACUCUAAUGCAAUGGAAGUUGAUAAUAAAUUUGCUUUUGAUCACCAUGAAACAGUUGAUGACAACGAACAGAUUGACUUAGGUAUGUCUUUACAACUAGAAGAUCUUAGCUUUAAUGAAACAUCUGAUAUGAUGGAAAUUGAAGAAAGCUGUUCCUCAGAGAACUUUGAAAUUAUUGAUUCCGGCCCAAGGAAAAUUCUAGAUAGCUUUCUUCUUGAAUUUAAUUUCGAUAAUACCAUCGAGACUAAUCAAUUUGUGAGUCAAGUUCGAAUAAUCAGCGAUCUAAUUAAAAAAUCACCGUUCAUAACUAUGCAAAAUAAAGACAAUUCUGUGCGGUUAGAAACAAGAGUGGAAUAUCCUGUUCGAGCAUUCGAUUCAGUUUAUACUCGGACACGUACGACUGGAGAUGGAAAUUGUUUAUAUAGUUCUCUUUCGAUAUUGAAUGUUGGAUCUGAGAAACUAACACAUUCGAUGAGAUUGUUGGCAGUUAAUACAAUGACAACGAAUAGGGAUUUUUUCCAAAGACUUUGUAGCAUAUUAGGAUAUACAUUUGAAGAGCAGUUACAAAGAAGAACUGCGACACAUACAAUACGGGGAGGAGUGCAAAUUCAAGCUCUAUCGAUCGCACUAUCUCAUCCUAUAUAUUCAUAUAUAAAGUUUAACAGUAAUCCUGAUCCGAAAAACACACAGUUUAUUCCGUCAAAUAUUAGCCUUCAGGAACAAAUUCAUCGAUUUAAUGAAGGGACAGCAGGUGGUCAUUUAAUAUAUCUUGGAUGUGAAUCCGACAGAAACAAGACAGGAUUUUGCCUUUAUUAUAACGAAAAUCCAGGAAAUUCAUGUUUCGGAUCCGACGAGAUCCGAUCGGAUCCGAGACCGUCGGAAUCCAAUGCGAUUUCUUCACCAGGAUUUCAUCGGAUUCGUCGAAUUCCUGUAGGAUCUGAUAAAAUCCUAUAUUGGAUCCGAUGGGAUCCCAGUAUGGGAUUGUUCGACCUGGGGAGAACAUCGGUAGGGCCUAAGGGGCAGCUCCGUAGUGCGCUCAAGGAUGAAAUUAUGCCCAUGGCUUAA